AUGGGUGCACCCAGGGGUGUCACAUGUAUUGGGGACAUCAAUUGGGAGUGCCCUAAUGAGUUACAAGCUCUUGGUGGGUGCAAUAGCCCUUGCACCAUGUUCAAGACUGAUGGAUAUUAUUGUACCUCAGGUGCAGGUAAUUGUAGGCCAACAAAUUAUUCUAGAGUUUUCAAGAUUCGAUGCCAUGAUGCUUAUAGCUACCCCAUGGAUGAUCGAACUAGCACAUUUACAUGCCCGAAUGGAACUUUGUAUUUUGCCCUAAGGAUGUUGUUCAAAUUGUUGAUAAAAGUGUUGAUAUGCGUUCUCCCACCUUAG